UAUAAAAGCCCCAGAACAGGAGGAGUGAGCAGAAUCUGAGAAACUCACUUCUGAACAGGAGUCCAUCCUCAUCACAGACACAAUGACCCACUCGUGCUGCUCCCCGUGCUGCCAGCCCACCUGCUGUCAGCCCACUAGCUGCAGGACCACUUGCUGUGAGUCCAGCUGCUGCAAGCCCUGCUGCCCCCCAGCUUGCUGUCAAACCACCUGUUGCAGGACCACCUGCUGCAGACCUACUUGUGUGACCUCCUGCUGCCAGCCCACCUGUUGCAGCAAACCCUGCUGUCAGCCCACCUGCUGUGAGACCAUCUGCUGCCAGCCCUCCUGCCCCCCAACUUGCUAUCAAACUAGUGAAACCACCUGCUGUAGGACCACCUGCUGCAAACCUACUUGUGUGACCACCUGCUGCCAGCCCACCUGCUGUGGGUCCAGCAGCUGUGGACAAACCUUCAGUGGGUCCAGCUGCAGCCAGCCUUGCAGUCAGCCAGCUUGCUGUGCUCCUGUGUACUGCCACAGAAUCUGCUACCACCCCACGUGCUGCUGCCUCCUUGGGUGCCAAGCCCAGGAAUGUGGAUCCAGCUGCUGCCAGCCUUGUAGCCGCCCUGUCUGCUGUCAGACCACUUGCUGUCGCCCUAGCUGUGUGUCCAGCUGCUGCCAGCCUUCCUGUUGCUGAUCACUUCACCAAAGUUUCCCCAUCUCCACACAACAUCGUUUGUUAACUAGCUUGCUAUUGUGUGGACAAAAUCACUUACUAGACUUUGCCGACAACUAGCAUGUUCUACCAGAAUUUCAGUUACUCAUCUGUGGUUUAAAAGCUUGUGAGUCAGCUGAAUAGAGUCAAAAUGGCUUCCCCCUAUCUCUUCCUUCCCUGUAUGAGGAUAAUAUACCAACUUCAUGCAUCCUUGAUAUGGUGUUUGUCUGGGUAUUAACUCUGAUGUCAGGAUCUACUUCCUAGUCAUUCUAAAUAAUUUAUGAAAAAAAUCCUCAUGACAUUUUCAUAGGUUUCUGCAAUUGACCAUAAUCUUCAUAAACAUAUUUUCUUUAUCAGUGUACUCAGGAAUCCUGUAACUUGCUUUCUUCCUUAAGACCACUUUGUGUGUCUUCCUAGAUGCAGGAGUAAUACUUACCUGUUUCUUAAUAAAUUCUAUUCCACAAUUCACUCUA